AUGGGCAGUGAUCUUGCAGCUUGGGCUCACAAGCUCCAAGGUGAACAUGGUGAUAUGUUCGAAACUUAUUAUGGCAGUCAACGAACAAUUUGGCUAGGCCGUGCCGACCUCGCAGCACCGGUUUUGGCAAGUUCUACAAAAAAUAAUUAUUUCAAUCGUGGUGUAUCAAGUCCAGGGAUGAGAGAAAUUGCCGAAUUAUAUCUUAAUACUCUUGGUGGUGAAAUUCCAGUUGAUAUGUCAAAGUUUUGGUUUAGGUUUUUCGUGGAUAGUAUGCAUCUUUCAGCUACUGGAAAGCCAGCUCAUGCUAUGGCUGGAUAUUAUAAUACAUUAGUUCCGAAGAACAAACAAACCGAUCAUCCUAAAGAACUUCUUGAUGCUACCGAAGAAAUCAUAUUUUCUAUUAAAAAUGAAUUUUUCGCCGCCUCAUUUAUGUUCUUCUUUCCACCUUUUAUUCGUCAUUAUAUUUUAAGACAUUAUAACACUAAAUAUGUUAAUCAAGUUAAACGAUUCAAUGAGAUACUGUUGUCGAUUAUUAGAAGAAGAAAAGCCGAAAUUAAUGCAACACCUAUUGGAGAGCCUUUGAAUCCGGAUAUGUUAACUUUGUUGUUGACAACAAAUACACCUCGUGAUCUUGAAAUAAUUUCUACAGGAGAUAUUACACGUCCAAUGGCUGAAGAUGAGAUACGCUCUGAUCCAAUGAAAUCAAUUCCGUUUGAAUCUCUUGAUCGAUUAAAAUAUACAGAAGCAUUUAUCAAAGAAGUAUUACGUCUAAAUCCAGUAUUACCAUUCCUCUGGAAGAUGGCAACAAAUGACGAUACCUUGGGUGGAAUGAGAUGGAAAGCAGGAACUUCGGUAUUUAUUAACGUUUAUGGAACACAAACACAUCCAAAUAAUUGGGAAAACCCGGAGAAAUUUAUGCCUGCUAGACAUUUAGAGGGAUAUAAAAUGAAGGCUGAUAGGAAUGCAUAUAUUCCGUUCGGUGGUGGACCAAGACUUUGUCCUGGAAAAAAUUUUGCCAUGGCAACACUCAAACUUUUGACGGCUUUAUUUUUCCGACGAUUCGAUAUUGAAUUAGCUGAUAAGAAGGCACCACUUAAAACUUCAUUCACCAUGGUUAGACACUGUGACGAGUUGAAAGUUUAUAUCCGACCUAAGAUACCCAUUGCUGGGUGA